GGAAAACAGACUUUUCCGCUUUUCUUUUUGGUUUCUGCUGCUGAAGCGCCUCGGUCUCCGACACACACACAAGAUCUUCCAACCGUUCUCCCCAUCCAUUGCCCGUUCUCCCCCCUCUCCCUCUCCCUCUUUCUGUUUUUUAACCAAACAAAAAAAGCACCUUCUUCUUCCAAAAAAUGACCACUACUGCUGCUUCCUCGACCCCCGAGUUCCCCGCCGGCGCGCUUGUUCUCGAUGACGGCACCAGCUUCCCCGGCUUCCACUUUGGCGCUGUGCGACCGGUUGCCGGCGAGACUGUCUUCCAGACCGGCAUGGUUGGCUACGUUGAGGCCAUCACCGACCCGUCAUACCAGGGCCAGAUUCUCGUCGUCACCUACCCGCUUGUGGGCAACUAUGGCGUCCCCAGCCUGGAGGAGGCCGAUCACAACGGUCUGCCGCUGCACAUCGAGUCGAGCCGCAUCCACGUUGCCGGCCUGAUUGUGAGCGACUACUCUGUCCAGCACAGCCACUGGCGCGCACGACAGUCCCUCCAGCAGUGGCUCGAGCGCGAGAACGUUCCCGCCCUGUUUGGCGUCGACACUCGCGCCCUCACAAAGCGCAUCCGCGAGAAGGGCGCUCUCCUCGGUCUGAUUCUGGCGCCGCCCUCGCCGACCCAGCCCUUCGUCAUGCCCGCGCUGCCCCUGCCCGCCUCAGAGUUUGUCGACCCCAACUCGCGCAACCUUGUCGCCGACGUGUCCCGCCCCGCCAAGACGUACUACCCCGUUGGCCACGACGCCGUGUCGGCCGCCAAGCCCGACAGCGGCCUGCUCACCAUCCUCGCUGUCGACGUCGGCCUCAAGUACAACCAAAUCCGCUGCUUCACCUCGCGCGGCGUCAUUGUGCGCGUCGUGCCAUGGGACUAUGACAUUUGCGCAGACAACAACUACGACGGUCUGUUCAUUUCCAACGGUCCCGGCAACCCCGUGAUGGCCGACAAGACGAUUGCCAACCUGCGCAAGAUUCUCCAGCGCCCGGCGACCGAGGCCAAGCCCAUCUUUGGCAUCUGCCUCGGCCACCAGCUGCUCGCGCUCGCUGCCGGCGCCACCACCAGCAAGCUCAAGUUUGGCAACCGCGGCCACAACAUUCCCUGCAUUGACUUGCGCUCAGACCGCUGCUACAUUACCACCCAAAACCACGGUUUCGCCGUCGAGGUGGCCACGCUGCCCAAGCCAUGGCAGCCCAUGUUUAUCAACGCCAACGACAACACCAACGAGGGCAUUUACAACACUGAGCUCCCCUACUUUUCCGUGCAGUUCCACCCCGAGUCGACGCCCGGCCCGCGCGACACCGAGUACCUCUUCUCGGUCUUCCUCGACGCUGUGCGUGCCUCCAAGGCCCGCCCUGCCGGCACUCCCCUCGCCCCGCUCCCCGUGCCCCAGCGCGUCAAGGCCGAGCGUCAGGCCGUCCGCAAGGUGCUCGUGCUUGGCUCUGGUGGCCUCUCGAUUGGCCAAGCCGGCGAGUUUGACUACUCUGGCUCGCAGUGCAUCAAGGCGCUCAAGCAGGAGGGCAUCUCCACCGUGCUCAUCAACCCCAACAUUGCCACCAUCCAGACCUCCAAGGGUCUUGCAGACAAGGUCUACUUUUUGCCCGUCACGCCCGAGUACGUGCUCAAGGUUGUCCGCCAGGAGAAGCCCGAUGGCAUCCUCGUGACGUUCGGUGGCCAGACUGCGCUCAACUGCGGCAUCAAGAUCCGCCACGAGCUCGAGGCACUCGGCUGCCGCGUCCUCGGCACCCAAAUCGACACGAUCAUGGCGACCGAGGAUCGCGAGAUUUUCGCCGCCAAGAUGAAGGAGAUUGACGAGCCCGUUGCUCGCAGCGCUGCCGCCAACACGGUCGCCGAGGCUGUCGAGAUUGGCAACGCCAUUGGCUACCCGCUCAUUGUCCGUGCUGCCUUCACCCUUGGUGGUCUCGGCUCUGGCUUUGCCGACAACGAGGCCGAGCUUCGCGCGCUCGUCACCAAGGCUCUUGCCACCUCUCCCCAGGUGCUCGUCGAGCGCUCGAUGAAGGGCUGGAAGGAGGUCGAGUACGAGGUUGUCCGUGACUGCAACGACAACUGCAUCACCGUGUGCAACAUGGAGAACUUUGAUCCCCUCGGCAUCCACACUGGCGACUCGAUCGUUGUUGCUCCUUCGCAGACUCUGAGCGACCGCGAGUACCACAUGCUCCGCAACUCGGCCGUCAAGACCAUCCGCCACCUCGGUGUCGUCGGUGAGUGCAACAUUCAGUUUGCCCUCAACCCCGACGCGGAAGAGUACUGCAUCAUUGAGGUCAACGCUCGCCUGUCGCGCUCGUCGGCGCUCGCCUCCAAGGCCACUGGCUACCCGCUUGCGUUCGUUGCUGCCAAGCUCGCGCUCAACAUUCCCCUGACCCAGAUCAAGAACUCGGUCACCCGCGUCACGUCGGCCUGCUUUGAGCCCAGCCUCGACUAUGUCGUUGUCAAGAUUCCCCGCUGGGACUUGAAAAAGUUUGACCGCGUCGAGACCCAGAUCAGCUCUGCCAUGAAGUCUGUCGGUGAAGUGAUGGCCAUUGCUCGCACCUUUGAGGAGGCGCUUCAAAAGGGCAUUCGCGCCAUCGACGACUCGCUCGACGGCUUUUGCGGCGAUUCGUGGGCCAAGCACUCUGAGGCUGCCAUCGACACUGAGCUCAACGCUCCCACCGACCAGCGUCUGUUUGCCGUCGCCCGCGCAUUCGACCUCGGCUACUCUGUCGACCGCAUCCACGAUCUCACCAAGAUUGAUCGCUGGUUCCUGCACAAGCUCCGCUACGUCGCUGGCCUCCGCUCGCAGCUCUCCACCUUUGCUGUCAAGAGCAUCCCGCGCGAGCUCAUGGUGCUGGCCAAGCGUGCUGGUUUCUCCGACCGCAUGAUUGCCCGCGUCACGAACGCGCCAGAGCUGGCCGCUCGCGAGGUCCGCGUCAGCAUGGGCAUCCGCCCUGUUGUCAAGCAGAUUGACACUGUUGCCGCAGAGUUCCCUGCCCAGACCAACUACCUGUACACGACCUACAACGCGGUCGAGGACGACGUUGCUGCCAGCGAGGCUUCCGUCAUGGUUCUUGGCUCUGGCGUGUACCGCAUCGGCUCGAGUGUCGAGUUUGACUGGUGCGCCGUGCGCUGUGUCCGCACCCUGCGCCGCAACGGCUUCAAGACCAUCAUGGUCAACUACAACCCCGAGACGGUGUCCACCGACUACGACGAGGCCGACAAGCUCUACUUUGACAACAUUACGCUCGAGACCAUCCUCGACAUUUACGAGCGCGAGCGCGCCUCGGGUGUCAUUCUUGCCAUGGGUGGCCAGGUCCCCAACAACAUUGCCCUGCCCCUUCACCGCCAGAAUGUCAAGAUCUUUGGCACGUCGCCCGUCCAGAUCGACAUGGCCGAGAACCGCUACAAGUUUAGCCGCCUCCUCGACUCGAUCGGUGUCGACCAGCCCAAGUGGAAGGAGCUUUCGUCGCUUUCCGACGCUCGCGCCUUCUGCGACGCCGUGGGCUACCCCGUGCUCGUCCGUCCUUCGUACGUCCUGUCCGGCGCUGCGAUGAGCGUCGUCCACACGGCCAACGAUCUCGAAUCCUACCUGGGCGACGCCGUGGCCGUCUCGCGCGACCACCCUGUCGUCAUCUCCAAGUACAUUGACCAGGCCAAGGAAAUUGACGUUGAUGCGGUCGCCAAGGACGGCCAGCUCAUCAUGCACCUCGUUUCCGAGCACGUCGAGAACGCUGGCGUCCACUCUGGUGACGCCACGCUCAUCCAGCCUCCGCAGGAUCUCGACCGCGAGACUGUCCAGCGCCUGGAGAGUGCCACUGCCGCCAUUGCCAAGGCGCUCUUGAUCACGGGUCCCUUCAACAUCCAGUUUAUUGCCAAGGACAAGGCCAUCAAGGUCAUUGAGUGCAACGUGCGCGCCUCGCGCUCCUUCCCGUUCGUCUCCAAGACGUCUGGCGUCGAUCUUGUCGAGCUCUCGACCCUGGCCAUGCUCGGCCUGCCCUUCAAGCCCUACCCGAAUGCCGAUGCGCCCAAGCUCGCGCACGUCGGUGUCAAGGUGCCGCUCUUCUCGUUCGGCCGCCUGCAAGGCGCCGAUCCCAUUCUUGGUGUUGAAAUGGCGUCCACGGGCGAGGUUGCAUGCUUUGGCCGCAACAAGUACGAGGCCUACCUCAAGGCUCUGCUCGCCACCAACUUCAAGUUCCCGCGCCGCAACGGCAACGUGCUCUUGUCGAUUGGCUCGUUCAACGAGAAGCAAGAGUUCCUUGCCUCGGCUUCGCGCCUCGUCAAGGACGGCUUCAAGCUGUUUGGCACCCCCGGCACCUCUGACUUUUACUCGUCGCACGGCAUCCCGAUCGAGACCCUCGACGACAUUGGUGACACCGAGGAUGGCCGUGAGCGCGACUACUCGCUCACGCACUCUCUGGCCGAGGGCAAGGUUGACCUGUUUGUCUGCCUGCCCUCCAAGAACAGCUUCCGUCGCCCGUCCAGCUUCAUCUCGCGUGGCUACAUGUCGCGUCGCAAGGCCAUCGACUACCAAGUGCCCCUGGUGACCAACAUCAAGUGCGCCAAGAUCCUCGUCGAGGCCAUGCACCGCUUCCCGACUCCCGCGCUCGACCCGAUUGUCGAUGUGGACUGCAUGACCUCCAACCGCACUGUCACCCUGCCCGGCCUUGUCAACAUGGCCAUCCCGGCGUCGGUCGACUCGAUCAACCGCGAGGCCAGCGCAUCGCUUGCUGGCGGCUUCACCACCGUCGGCGUCAAUGCUGAGACAAACCAAGGCCACGUCGCGCUGACGGACGUCACCUCGCUUGAGCACUACCGCGACCAGAUCUUCUCGUCGCACACCACUGCCCAUUGCGACCUCGGCUUCUGGGCUGUCUUUGCCGCUGGCUCCGAGGCCAGCCGCCAAGCCGGCGCUGUUGACGUUCUCGUUCAGCUCGCUCCGAACACGAUCGGCCUGCUGAUUGACCUCACUACGCCUGCCACGACUGCGCCCAGCUCGACGGCCUCUGGCUCAGUCGCGUCGGUGUUUGCCACCCUCGACCUGCUCUUCUCGCGCUGGCCCUCCAACCGCGCCAUCUUUGUGCGCGCCUCUGGCUCUGAGCUUGCCUCCGUCCUCUACCUCGGCGCUCUGCACAACCGCUCAGUGCACGCCACGCAGCUCACCCGCCUCGACGACCUGCAGCUCAUUGUGCGCUCGCAAGCGCGUCGCGCCCAGCAGCCGAGCCUGCCGCGCGUCACCUGCGACGUCAACCCCUUCUUCCUGUUCUCCAACACCCUCACUCAGGAGCAGCGCACUCGCCACUUUGGCGCCUCCGCUGGCACCGAGGCCGAUAUUCGCGGCAUUUGGGAAAACCUUUCGCAUGUCGACUGCUUUGCGGUGGGCGACAUUCGCGACACUGGCGCGCGCAACAGCAGCCUGGACAUUUGCGCCUUCGGUCUGCAGUAUGCUCUUCCGAUGCUGCUGACCGCCGUUGCCGACGGUCGUCUGUCGAUUGUCGACCUGGUGAACAAGCUCUACACGCACCCGGUUCGCAUUUUGAACAUUUCCCCUUCGUCCGACACUUCGGUCUCGGUUGAUCUCGACGUUGAAUGGCACGUGCCCGAGUCUGCGCCAAUCUUUGCUCGCGCCCCGCUCCGUGGCAGCGUCCAGCGUGUCACCCUUCGCGGCGAGGCUGUCCUGCUUGACGGCAUUCUGAUUUCGCAGAAGGCAUCUGGCUCGAUUGUCCAGGCUGCGCUUGUGCCUGUCGAGUCUGACAAGACUGCCAAGUCGGUCACUGCGUCGGCCGCCGCUGGCUCUGGCGCCGACGCCGACAGCUCUGCUCCUGCUGUUGUUGCUGCUGCUGCCCCUGCCCCCGCUGCCCCCGUUUCCCGCGGUCUCGAGGCGUCCGAUGCCGAGGCUGUUUCCAAGGCUCUCUUCUCUUCGUCGUCUGUCGGCACGAUCGAUCUGCGCUCCAUGAUUGGUCGCAAGCCGCCCACUGUGCCAUCGACUCCCGCUCCCAUUCAAGAGCAGCCGCACUUUGAGGAGGUUGAGGCUGCUUUGUCGACCACACAUGCGGCUGCUGCUGCUGCUGCUGCUGUGCCUCGCGCGAUGCGCCACAUUGUCAGCGUGCGCGAGUUCUCGCGCCAAGACCUCCACAACCUGUUCCAGGCUGCUCAGGAGAUGCGCGGGCUUGUCGAUCGUAUGGGCUCUGUUGACAUUCUCAAGGGCAAGGUCAUGACCACCCUGUUCUACGAGCCCUCGACCCGCACCUCGUGUUCGUUCCAGGCUGCCAUGCACCGUCUUGGCGGCUCGGUGAUUGACGUUGCAGUCGACCGCUCGAGCGUCCAAAAGGGCGAGACCAUUGAAGACACGAUUCGCACCCUCGAGUCGUACUCUGAUGUGAUUGUCAUGCGCCACCCGACUGCCGGCAGCGUCGCCCAGGCCGCCAAGGUCUCGCGCAUCCCGAUCGUCUCUGGCGGCGAUGGCGUUGGCGAGCACCCCACCCAGGCUCUCCUCGAUCUCUACACCAUGCGCGAGGAGCUCGGCACCGUGAACGGCCUGACCGUCACUCUUGUGGGCGACCUCAAGAACGGACGCACCUGCCACUCGCUGGUCAAGCUUCUGUCUCUGUACUCUGUUCGUCUUCAGUACGUUACCCACGAGUCGCUGCGCCUUCCCGCGGAGAUUCGCAGCGAGCUCGACCAAGCCGGCAUCUCGCAAGUCGAGUUCUCGUCCCUCGAGCAGGCCAUCCCCCAAACCGACGUGCUGUACGUUACCCGCAUCCAGCGCGAGCGCUUUGCCUCGGCUGAGGAGUACGACCGUGUCAAGGGAAGCUUUAUUGUUUCUCCCGCCACGCUCACCCACGCCAAGAGCCGCAUGAUUGUCAUGCACCCUCUCCCGCGCGUCGACGAAAUUACCCCCGAGGUCGACUACGACCCCCGCGCGGCCUACUUCCGUCAAAUGCGCUACGGCCUGUUUGUCCGCAUGGCCCUGCUUGCCCGCCUCCUUGCUCGCUAAACGUCCCAAAAAGCGAGUGCAGCCAUCUGUCUUUGUAGGGUCUUUUCAUAGGCCCGUCUUAUUCCAUCUCUUGUUAUGUCUCUGUCAUUUUUUCGAUGAAACAUGUGUCUGUGUAUGCGUGUUCUUGUUAGAAGUGUUGUUCCCUUGCUGCUUUGAGUGAUUGCCCCUUCUUUUUUUUUUUUUUUGAUUCGUCGUGGCAUAAAAGCACUGCAUCUUGUACUGUACUUUAGUCAACUGCCCAUUCAAGUAGUUUAAAUUAUUAAAAUCAAACAAUCGAAACA